UGUAGCCUAAUGAACGUGGUUAACACUUUACUUUUAGAAAUGUAAUUAAUAACGACAGUGUAAAGUGUUACUUGCAAUAUUUAGCUGUGAAUACGAAUAUAUUCUGCGGAAUUUGCUGCUUCUAUUGGAGGCAAUAAGGUAGAGCUGGAGUAUCCGGAAACCGCGCUUCUUCAUUGAUGAAUGAAACGCGAGGGCAGGGCUCUCUGUUUGAGGAAAGUCGAGCGCCACGAUUUGUUUACGAACGUGCGCGGACACUCUUCAAGUGUACCUUUUGCUUUAUUGGUCUCAGUUCUCAUCCCACCGUCCUGGAACAAGACUGGUAUGUUCACUCGCAGCUCCAAGAAGAGAGAAUCCAGUAGAACGCUGAACACCCUUUCUGAAUCAGAGUGAACAGCUGUGUAACGUGUGUGGAGACCAGUGACCGGGCUUCAUUCUGCACCAAUGGAGCUUUCCACUGUGGCAAUCUGACCUCCAUGCUAACUGGGGGUCCUGGCUAAGGAGCCUGCCUGCUCAGCUCCUAGCUUGGUGAUCAUCCCUGAUCACAUUCCUCUGGCUAUCGUGCUGCAGUGAUUAUCCUCUGAGAGCCUCUGUCGUUUAACUGCAUGAUCCCCAGUCCCUGCACUGCUCAGCCAGCUGGAGGGGAAGUGGAACAUCUGUGUCCACUGUAAGUGCCACCGUGACAAGCAUGUGGUGACGGCCAUGCCUCUGGAGAUGGAGAAGACCAUCACUAAGCUGAUGUACGACUUCCAGAGGAACUCCACCUCAGACGACGACUCAGGCUGCGCGCUGGAGGAGUAUGCCUGGGUGCCCCCGGGGCUCAAACCUGAACAGGUUCAUCAGUACUACAGUUCCCUGCCUGAGGACAAGGUGCCCUAUGUAAACAGCCCAGGAGAGAAGCACCGCAUCAAACAGCUCCUCCAUCAGCUGCCCCCCCACGACAAUGAGGUACGUUACUGUAACACUCUGGACGAUGAGGAGAAGCGGGAGCUCAAACUCUUCAGUAACCAACGGAAACGAGAUAAUCUGGGCCGCGGUAGUGUGAGACCGUUUCCUGUGACGAUGACCGGAGUGAUUUGUGAGCAGUGUGGGGGGCAGAUAAACGGAGGUGACAUUGCAGUGUUUGCGUCGCGGGCGGGCCACGGCGUGUGUUGGCACCCUGGCUGCUUUGUGUGCAGCAUGUGUGACGAGCUGCUGGUGGACCUCAUCUACUUCUACCAGGAAGGGAAGAUCUACUGUGGUCGGCACCACGCAGAGAGACUCAAACCACGCUGCUCCGCAUGUGACGAGAUCAUCUUUGCGGACGAGUGCACGGAGGCGGAGGGCAGGCACUGGCACAUGAAGCACUUCUGCUGUUUCGAGUGUGAGACGAUGCUGGGUGGCCAGCGGUACAUCAUGAAGGAGGGCCGGCCCUACUGCUGCAGCUGUUUUCAGUCCCUCUAUGCAGAGUACUGUGACUCCUGUGGGGAGCACAUUGGCAUUGACCAGGGCCAGAUGACGUAUGACGGGCAGCACUGGCACGCCACAGAGGGCUGUUUCUGCUGUGCCCGCUGUAAGUGCUCCCUCCUAGGUCGCCCCUUCCUGCCCAAACAGGGACAAAUCUUCUGCUCACGCUCCUGCAGCCUUGGAGGUGAGCCUAACGGGUCAGACUCCUCAGACUCUGCCUUCCAGAGCACACACUCCACUCGAGAGCCCCACCGCAGCUCCAAGGCUGGGAAGAACAGGGGUCAGGCGGGGCGGUUUUCGGGCGAGGUGGACCCUCUCUCCUUACAGAUGGACCUGCUGAGUCUGUCCAGCCAGACGCCCAGUCUGACCCGUGAGCCGGAAUGGAAGAGCCAGGGACAGGGAGGCGACACGUACCCCUACGAGGGCCGAUCAGACCAUACAGCAACACCCACUCCACUCCAGCUGCUCAGCCAAUGCAACGUCAGGACUGCUUAUAACUCCACCUCCCCCGGGCAGGGCAGCCAACCAGACCCCAGGUCCAAGGAGACGGGUGUCCCCAAGAGGCCGCUCAUCUCAGCCGUUAAGGGCCACUCUAUGAAUGAGAACUGGUUCCACAAGGACUCAGUCAACUACUACUCCCCCAAACUGAAACCCCAGCAAAGCAUUGAUGUACCCCACAGCUCCUCACCCCACAAUGGCUUCUCUGACAAGCGCUCAGUCAGUCUGCAUGUGUUCCAGAGGGAGAACCAGAGGGACAGGGAGGUGGGGCCUCCCCAGAUGGGGCGCAGCAGGAACCCCAUCAGUGCACUUAGCUUCACGGAGCAGCUCACUCCCCUAGAGCAGACACCCACGGGUUCCAUGGAGUCACUCACCCUGUCCAACGCUACAGGAACGUCAGCAGAUGGAGGGAAGCGCCAGGAGCACCUGUCUCGUUUCUCUAUGCCCGACCUGAGCAAAGACUCUGGCAUGAACGUGUCAGAGAAGAGCAACAUUGGCACCCUCAACUCCUCGGUCCAGUUCCACAGUUCUGAGUCUCUGCGCAGCCUGACCUCAGGCCAGCCCUACAUGGAGCUGGAGCCCCCGGUGCAGUAUCCUCUGCAGUACUGUGAGCCCCCGGGCCUGGGCAUGGGGAUGGGCCACUUGCCCCCCGGCUUCACCUACCAGGAGGAGGACAGGGUCAGCCUGGUGAGCAGCGCUAAUGCUGCACGCCUCCCGCCCAUCAGCGAGCGCACCCGGAGACAAGGAGAGGGCCCGGACAUGGCUGCCCCUGAAGACACCCCUCAGCGCCGUAAACACCACCACCACCGGUCCCGUCGCUCCAGACGCUCCCGCUCGGAGAAUGCCCUGCACCUGGCCGCUGAGCGCAGGGAGAGGCCCCAGCUGAGAGUCAGAGAGGAUUAUGACCAAUUCCCCCCUCCCCGGGGCGCCAGGGACCUGUUUGGGGGUGCAAGGGGGAGGUGCAGGGGGCCGGAGCCGUUCCGGCAGUGCCCUCGCACCACCUCUGACCUCACCCUGCAGAACCCAGGUGCCCACCGCCGUCUUGCCGGGCCCUACUCAUGGGACGACUAUGAGGAUGAGUGGUGCUCCACCUGCUCUUCAUCAUCUGAGUCAGAUGACGAGGGCUACUUCCUGGGAGAGCCCAUUCCUAGGCCCGUGCAGCUCAGGUACCUAAGCAGCCAGGAGCUCCUCCACAAGUACAGCUCCACAGGGGUGGGCGGACCGCACCAAAUGAGCGGCAGAGGAGGACAGCUGCACACCCGGAAACGCCGGAAAAGCAAGAAUUGCAUAAUCUCUUAACAUUCGGUACAUGGCAAGAGUCAAGACAAUGUGCCCUCCCUCCCCAGUAUACACUAACAUAGUUCAUCUGUUCAGAAAAUAAGUCUGAAGUUGGGUAUUGUGAGAUUGACAAUGUUUGAUAUGCAGUUGGGUAAACCGUUGACAGAAUGUUUUGCAUGUUUAUCCAUUUAAUGUUUCAGAAUAAGAUAUCCCGAGUACUGAUUAUAUUUCUCUGACUCUCACUCUGCGCUAUGCUUGUCUGUCACCAUGUUUAUCAAAGACAAUGUGCAAUCGUAAUAAUAAUGUCAUUUCCAUUCAGCAACAGUAAGGUACAGACAGUUUAGUAAGGUCCAGCUAUUUCAUGCAAUGUGAUUAGGUGUAUACCAUUAUACUCAAGUUUAUAGGCUGUAUAUAACUAAAUUAAUUAAUUCACUAAAUUAAGGAAGUAAUGUAAAUACGAUGUAAAUGAUGUCCCACAUAUUUUUAUAUUUUGUAUAGAAUCAUUUAUGUAUUGAAUAUCUAUAAUGUAGAAAUAGAAACUGCAUGCCUGUUAAUGUACUGAUGUUGUCCUGCAUUGGAAUAAAAUAGCAUUUCAGAGAGAGA